AUGGGAUCUAGUACUCAAAUGGUGGGAUUUUGGAUGAGUGCAUGGUUCAUCCAUUGUGAUGGGAGGGAAACAGGAGACAAUGGACACAGCUGCAGGCAGGUAUCGAAAAAUAAAGAUGGAAAAGAACAAAGUGAAACUGUAUCACCAUCCGAAGAUGAAACAUUCUCCUGGCCAGGUCCCAAAACAGUUAUGUUGAAAAGAACAUCUCAAGGCUUUGGUUUUACAUUAAGGCAUUUUAUUGUUUAUCCCCCAGAGUCUGCAAUUCAAUUUUCAUAUAAGGAUGAAGAGAAUGGAAACAGAGGAGGAAAACAAAGAAACCACUUGGAACCCAUGGAUACCAUAUUUGUUAAACAAGUUAAAGAAGGAGGACCUGCUUUUGAAGCUGGAUUAUGCACAGGUGACCGAAUUAUAAAAGUCAAUGGAGAAAGUGUCAUUGGAAAGACUUAUUCUCAAGUAAUUGCUUUAAUUCAGAACAGUGAUACUACAUUGGAACUUAGUGUUAUGCCUAAAGAUGAAGACAUUCUCCAAGUGCUACAGUUUACAAAGGAUGUCACAGCACUGGCAUAUUCUCAAGAUGCCUACCUGAAAGGCAACGUAGCCUACAGUGGCAAUGCCCGCAAUAUUCCUGAACCUCCACCAAUUUGCUAUCCCUGGAUGACAUCUGCCCCUUCAGCUAUGGCACAGCAAGUUGAAGUAUCUCCUCCAGACUCUUCAUUGAGCAAACAGCAAACCAGUACACCAGUACUGACACAACCUGGCAGGGCCUAUAGAAUGGAAAUACAAGUGCCUCCGUCACCAACAGAUAUUGCAAAGUCAAACACAGCAGUGUGUGUUUGCAAUGAAAGUGUAAGGACUGUCAUUGUACCUUCUGAGAAGGUUGUAGAUUUAUUAUCCAAUAGAAAUAACCACACAGGUCCUUCACAUAGAACUGAAGAAGUGAGGUAUGGCAUAAAUGAACAGACCUCUUUAAAACCAGUGUCAAGAACAACAUCACCAUCAUCAAUUUCCACUGCUCAUCUGAUUCAUCAGACUACAGGCUCCAGGUCAUUGGAGCCUUCUGGAAUUUUACUUAAAUCUGGAAAUUAUGGUGGACAUGCAGAAGGAAUCUCAAGCAGUAGAUCACAAGUUGCAGAUUCUCCUUCUGUACCUGUUAAUCACUAUUCUCCAAAUUCCCAUCAGCACAUAGACUGGAAAAACUAUAAAACUUACAAAGAGUAUAUUGAUAACAGACGAUUGCACAUAGGUUGUCGGACAAUUCAAGAAAGAUUAGACAGUUUAAGAGCAGCAUCCCAGAGCACGGAUUACAACCAGGUGGUACCUAAUCACACUACUUUGCAGGUACGACGUAGAAGCACGUCUCAUGAUCGAGGGCCCCAGUCUGUACAGAUCCGGCAACGCAGUGUAUCCCAGGAAAGACUGGAGGAUUCUGUGCUAAUGAAAUAUUGUCCAAGAAGUGCAUCUCAAGGAGCACUCACCUCUCCACCUGUUGGUUUUAGUAAUCAUAGAACUCGUUCGUGGGAUUACAUUGGGGGACAGGGUGAAACUGUAGAAAAUGUCACUUCUGAAAAUCAAAUCCCUAAUUCGAAUGGAGAGCGAAAACAGACUUAUAAAUGGAGUGGAUUUACCGAACAAGAUGAUAGACGGGGUAUUUAUGAAAGACCUAGACAGCAAGAAAUUCAUAAAUCUUUUCGAGGUUCAAAUUUUACUGUGGCUCCCAGUAGUGUUAAUUCUGAUAAUAGGAGAAUAAGUAGCAGAGGAAUGGGAUCUCUGUCUCAGUUUAAAAAAAUUCCGCCGGACCUAAAAUCACCACAGUCAAACAGAAAUUUGCAAACUACUUGUGGAAUAUCGGUGCCUCGAUGUAUUUCACAAGACAAGUCACCUCUUAUGAAAAUUCGAAGCAAUUCUCUGAAAGCGCCUUCUACAUAUGUUGCAAAACCAUCAUUUAACCAGAACUCAUUUGUUUCCAUGAAAGACCAAAGACCAGUAAAUCACUUGCAUCAAAACAGUCUGUUAAAUCAGCAGACAUGGUUAAGAACUGAAAGUGCCCCAGAUCACCAAAUGGAGACUACAAAAUCUCCCUCUUUAUCUGGAGCUUCUGCUAAGCUUGUCCCUCAGACGAGUGAGAACUCUGGCACUUCAGAUUUUGAAUUAUCUGUCAGCCAGAGGAAUCAAUAUUUAAAUUUGCAAGAUGCCGAAAUUCAGCAAUCAAGUAUUUUAGAUAAUAAAGAAACUGUUGUCCUAAGGGAAAAACCUCCAUCUGGUCGCCAAACACCACAGCCUUUAAGGCAUCAGUCGUACAUCUUGGCAGUCAAUGACCAAGAGACCGGGUCAGACACUACCUGCUGGUUGCCCAAUGAUGCACGCCGAGAGGUCCAUAUAAAAAGAAUGGAGGAAAGGAAGACCUCAAGUACCAGUCCCCCUGGUGAUUCCUUGGCAUCCAUCCCAUUUAUAGAUGAACCAACUAGUCCUAGCAUUGAUCAUGAUAUUGCACAUAUCCCUGCUUCUGCUGUCAUCUCAGCCUCUACCUCUCAAGUACCUUCUAUAGCAACAGUUCCUCCCAGCCUCACAACUUCAGCUCCUUUAAUUCGACGUCAACUCUCACAUGAUCAUGAAUCUGUUGGACCUCCCAGCCUGGAUGGCCAGCCCAGCUCAAAAACAGAAAGAUCAAAAUCAUAUGAUGAGGGAUUAGAUGAUUACAGAGAAGAUGCAAAAUUGUCCUUUAAGCAUGUAUCUAGCCUGAAGGGAAUGAAGAUCACAGACAGCCAAAAGUCAUCAGAAGACUCUGGAUCCAGAAAAGACUCCUCUUCAGAAGUUUUCAGUGAUGCUGUCAAGGAAGGGUGGCUCCAUUUUCGACCACUUGCCACCGAUAAGGGCAAGCGAGUUGGUGGAAGUAUUCGGCCAUGGAAACAGAUGUAUGUUGUACUUCGGGGUCAUUCACUUUACUUGUACAAAGACAAAAGAGAACAAACAACUCCAUCUGAGGAAGAACAACCCAUCAGUGUUAAUGCUUGCUUAAUAGACAUCUCUUACAGUGAGACCAAGAGGAAAAAUGUGUUUCGACUUACAACAUCGGAUUGUGAAUGCCUCUUUCAGGCUGAAGACCGAGAUGAUAUGUUAGCAUGGAUCAAGACUAUCCAGGAGAGUAGCAACCUAAAUGAAGAGGACACUGGAGUUACUAACAGGGAUCUCAUUAGUCGGAGAAUAAAAGAAUAUAACAGUCUGAUGAGCAAAGCAGAACAGUUGCCAAAAACGCCUCGCCAGAGUCUCAGCAUCAGGCAAACUCUGCUUGGUGCGAAAUCAGAGCCAAAGACUCAAAGCCCACACUCUCCAAAGGAAGAGUCAGAAAGGAAACUCCUCAGUAAAGAUGAUACCAGUCCCCCAAAAGACAAAGGAACGUGGAGAAAAGGCAUUCCAAAUAUUGUGAGGAGGACAUUUGAAAAAAAGCCUACUGCUACAGGAACGUUUGGUGUCAGACUGGAUGACUGCCCCCCAGCACAUACUAAUCGGUAUAUUCCAUUAAUAGUUGACAUAUGUUGCAAAUUAGUUGAAGAAAGAGGUCUUGAAUAUACAGGUAUUUAUAGAGUCCCUGGAAAUAAUGCAGCCAUCUCAAGUAUGCAAGAAGAACUCAACAAGGGAAUGGCUGAUAUCGACAUACAAGAUGAUAAAUGGCGUGAUUUGAAUGUGAUAAGCAGUUUACUAAAAUCAUUCUUCAGAAAACUCCCUGAACCUCUCUUUACGAAUGAUAAAUAUGCUGACUUCAUUGAAGCUAAUCGUAAAGAAGAUCCUUUAGACCGUCUGAAAACAUUAAAAAGACUAAUUCAUGAUUUACCUGAACAUCAUUUUGAAACACUUAAAUUUCUGUCGGCUCAUCUGAAGACAGUGGCAGAAAAUUCAGAAAAAAAUAAGAUGGAACCAAGAAAUCUAGCAAUCGUAUUUGGUCCAACUCUUGUGAGGACAUCAGAAGACAAUAUGACACACAUGGUUACUCAUAUGCCUGACCAGUAUAAAAUUGUAGAAACACUUAUCCAACACCAUGACUGGUUUUUCACAGAAGAAGGUGCCGAAGAACCUCUUACAACAGUGCAGGAGGAAAGCACAGUAGACUCCCAGCCAGUGCCAAACAUAGAUCAUUUACUCACCAACAUUGGAAGGACAGGCGUCUCCCCGGGAGAUGUAUCAGAUUCAGCUACUAGUGACUCAACAAAAUCUAAGGGUUCUUGGGGAUCUGGAAAGGAUCAGUAUAGCAGAGAACUGCUUGUAUCCUCCAUCUUUGCAGCCGCUAGUCGCAAGAGGAAAAAACCCAAAGAAAAAGCGCAACCUAGCAGCUCAGAAGAUGAAUUGGACAAUGUAUUCUUUAAGAAAGAAAAUGCAGAACAAUGUCACAAUGACAUUAAAGAAGAGUCCAAAAAAGAGAGUGAGACAUUGGGCAGAAAACAAAGGAUCAUCAUUUCAAAAGAAAACAAUGCUAAAAAAGACACUGGUGCAACAAAAGACGAAAAGAUAGCACUACGAAGAGACAGUAUACCAUCUGAAGAACCCUCACCACCACAAAAUUCAAAACACAGCAAGUCACCAACUCUUAGCUGCCAUUUCACCGUACUGAAAGAGAGCCCCAAAUCACUUUUGACGCAAAAGUCCUCCCACUUUGAAGAAAUGGGGUCUGACUCUGGCACUUUGCUCAGUACUUCUUCCCAGGCUUCUCUGGCAAGGUUCGCCACCAAGAAAUCAGCCAGUCCAGAAACUAAACACAAUGAAUUUUUGGCCAAUGUCAGCACCAUCACCUCAGACUACUCAACAACUUCAUCUGCCACAUACUUGACCAGCCUUGACUCCAGUCGGCUAAGCCCAGAGGUGCAAUCAGUUGCAGAAAGUAAGGGAGAUGAAGCUGAUGACGAGAGAAGUGAACUGAUCAGUGAAGGGCGGCCUGUGGAGACAGACAGUGAGAAUGAUUUCCCUGUUUUUCCCACAGCUUUGACAUCAGAGAGGCUUUUCCGAGGGAAAGUACAAGAAGUUCCUAAGACAAGCCGGAGAAAUUCUGAAGGAAGUGAAGUAAGUUGUACUGAGGGAAGUUUAACACCAAGUUUAGACAGCCGAAGACAACUCUUCAGUUCACAUAAACUUAUUGAAUGUGAUACACUUUCUAGAAAAAAGUCCUCUAGAUUCAAGUCAGACAGUGGAAGUCUAGGAGACGCCAAGAAUGAGAAAGAAACACCUUCAAUAACAAAAGUGUUUGAUGUUAUGAAAAAAGGAAAAUCAACUGGGAGUUUGCUAACACCAACCAGAAGUGAGUCAGAAAAGCAGGAACACACUUGGAAAACAAAAAUAGCAGAUCGAUUAAAACUGCGACCCAAAGCACCUGCAGAUGAUAUGUUUGGAGUAGGAAAUCAAAAAACAAGCAGUGAAACUGCCAAAAGGAAAAACAUCAAACGUAGACACACACUAGGAGGACAUAGAGAUGCUACCGAAAUAAGUGUUUUGAAUUUUUGGAAAGUGCAUGAGCAGAGUGGGGAGAAAGAACCUGAACUUUCAGCUGUGAAUCGGUUAAAGCCAAAAUGCUCAGCCCAGGACCUCUCGAUCUCAGACUGGCUUGCAAGGGAACGCUUACGCCCCAGUACAUCUGACCUCAGCAGAGGAGAAACCGGAGAGCCCCAACUCGAGAAUGUGAGCAUAUUAGAAGUACCUGUGACAGAUACACCAUUGUCUCGUCAGUCCAAUGAUGACAGUUCUUCCAGUACCUUGGCUUCAACUGACAGGCCCCUUCUUUCCAUACCACCACAGUCACCUGACCAAAUAAAUGGAGAAAGCUACCAGAACAUGAGCCAAAAUGCCAGUUCUGCAGCUAAUGCCCAGCCUCAUAAACUGUCUGAAACCCCAGGCAAUAAAGCACAGUUUCAUCCCUGUCUUUAA